UAAAGCCAAACCAGUUGCUCUCUUUCUCCUCACACCACUGAACUCAACUCACAAUCCAGGACUUGCAAGUUACAUCCAAAAUUUCCCUAUACACACAUCUUUUGGCAUCAGCCCAUAAUUGGAAGCAGGGAAGAUCAUCCUAUGGCGCAGACUAGGAUGCAAAUUGUGGCUCUGGUCUUGGCCAUGGUGGCUGCAGGUGCGGUGGCUCAGUCGUCAAGCUGCACAAAUGCGCUGAUCAGCAUGUCGCCAUGCCUCAACUACAUCACGGGCAACUCCUCGGCCCCGUCCUCGAGCUGCUGCUCGCAGCUCGCCAACGUGGUCCGCUCAGAGCCGCAGUGCCUGUGCCAGGUCCUCAACGGGGGCGGCUCUUCCCUUGGCAUCAGCAUCAACCAGACCCGCGCCCUGUCCGUGCCCAGCGCUUGCAACAUUCAGACUCAAUCGACCAGCCGUUGCAACGUUGCUUCGCCCGCCGGAUCUCCUGCCGGAACUCCUGAUACCCCAAAUGCAGUUCCUGCAGAUUCUGGAACGAAAGUCACACCAUCGACUCAACAAGACGGCACAUCAGCAGGAAGCAUUGCCGAGUUGUCGAUUCCGCUUCUCGUCGUCCUUCUCCUCGCAGCAUCAUAUGCCUGAACAAAUACAAGAACAAAUAUUUCCUGCUUCCUUUCAUCAUCAGAAUGUAUACAUUCAUCUUUGUUUUUUCUCAUUUAGCUCGAGUGGCACAUGUAUUAUUACAUAAUAAUUCAUGAUCUUAGAGGUAUAGAAUACGUAUUUAUGUGGUGAA